AUGAACGUAUCGACCAGCACCACACUCCAGGAGCAAUCUCCGGACCGCAAGGCGGCGUCGCUCCAUGACAGCGCCCGCGGCUCCCCAGAGCCUUGGGAGACAGGCGAUUGUUUCCAGCAGCUUGUCGAGGAUAUCAACACCAUCCUGGGUCCGAGCAACGGCAUCGACAGUUCCGGCGUCGACGUGGAGGAGCUCAAGAGGCUCAUGGCUUCGUACGAAUCCCGCGAGAAAGAGUGGUCCAAGUACGCCUUCGCAGACACAAGCAGAGCAUACACAAGGAACUUGGUAGACUCGGGGAAUGGAAAAGCAAACUUGCUCAUUCUGGUCUGGACUCCUGGCAAAGGCUCUCCCAUUCAUGACCAUGCCAACGCUCAUUGUGUGAUGAAAAUCCUCAAGGGUUCUUUGAGGGAGACCGUCUAUGGCUGGCCAUGUCAGGAUGUAGACAAUCCUGCCCAUUGUGCUACCGCUUCGACAUCCUGCUACCCAAGCACCGAGCAUACUUGCUCUCGAGAUGGUCUCUCAGGACCAUCGGAACUACAGAUCAUAAAGGAAACGACUUAUCCGCAAGAAGGUGUGACUUAUAUGAGUGAUCGACUUGGACUGCACCGUAUCUGCAACCCAAGCGACAGUGAGCUCGCUAUCAGCUUGCAUCUGUAUACUCCUCCCAAUGCUGCAAAGCAWGGCUGCCAUAUUUUCGACCAGCAGACUGGAAAGAAGACACAUGUCGCUCAGUGCCACUUCUACUCGGAGCUUGGCGUGAAGAUGUGA